UUUUCAAGUUUCGGGACAUAAAGCUCAAAACCCAGGCCCAAUAUCUGUUUCAGGCCCAAUCUCAAAUCAUCUUAUAUCGUACCCAUGUUCAAAGAAAACAACAAUAGCUGAAAGGUUGCUCAAUUCAACAUGGGAACACGAGAGGUGUAUGAAGAAAAGCUGAAGAGAGGAAAUCUGGAUUAUGACCCUACAAUCAAACCUGGUCUUGGUUCUGCUAGAUGCCCUCGUUGUCUUUCUCUCUUGAACUCCAAUUCUAAAAGUGGAGAAUGGGGGAUUACUCCUGUUCUGCAUGAUUUCACGGCUGUGGCUGGCUCUGGAAUGGGUGGACUGCUCAGUGCAAUUUAUGGUUUGAAUACAGGAAUUCCUUUCGUCCAGAGACAUGUGAAGGGUCCAAAAUGGCUUCCAUUUGUUAUAGGGCUUCCUCCACUUCUCAUGUUCUCUGCAGCUAGUGCGGCAUUUGGAGGAUAUGCACUUCCAAGGUUUACUCAACUUACGGUGACUUCAUAUUACGCUGCUUCAAGUGCAUCACAUUACGGAAUAUCAUUGCUUACCAGACGUAUUGAGGAGGCUCAUACUUCUGGUGUUCAACGUGAAAGACUCAGCUGAUUGACUCGAGGUGCACAGAAUCAAAGCCAAACUUUACUUCAAAUUUUGCAAUGAAUUAUUAGCUGGAGCAAUUGUUAAUUUGAAAGAUGUUCGGUGCUUGGGUGACUUCUUUUUUACAUCUUUUUGAUCAAAUAUAUAGUUUUUACUUUGUAAUAAUAGGAUAAUUUGUGCCUAGGAAUGUCUGAACUCGGAAGAAAACACUUGUGCUUCAGUUGUUAACUGCUAAAGGAAUAUUUGAUGCUGACUACUUGUUACUUAGCCAAAACGGCAUAGUUAUGGGAUCUUGUAUGUAAGUGCUUUGUAUUAGAAUAAAACACCUUGUCAUUGGUUGUA